GCCCGCGAUACAAUAUCAUGUCUCGAUUGACAUUAACGAUAGGUUGGCUGUGUCUGUGUCUGAUGCGGCCAGACGUGGCCUGGGCCGAUCCUUUGCUAGUGGAAAUAUCCAAUGGGCAGCUGCGUGGAAGGGACAGGGGCGACUACCAUAGCUUUGAGUCGAUACCGUAUGCGGAACCCCCGAUUAACAAUCUUCGCUUUGAGGCCCCGAAACCUUACAAACGUCAGUGGAGCGAAGUAUUUGAUGCCACCAAGGCGCCAGAGCUCUGUCUGCAGUUCACUUUACUUCCUCAUGGUACAAUAGUCGGCAAGGAGGACUGCCUUACCGUGAGUGUGUACAGGCCAAAGAAUGCAAGUCGAAGCAGCUUUCCCGUCAUGGCCUACAUUCACGGAGGAGCGUUUAUGUUCGGAGGUCCCAUCGAAUAUGGGCACGAUUUCAUCAUGUCUACUGGUAAUUUCAUUUUGGUGAAGAUCAGCUAUCGAUUGGGACCUUUGGGUUUCCUGAGCACGGGCGAUGCAGAUUUGUCGGGAAACUUUGGUCUGAAGGAUCAGCGUUUGGCUCUACAAUGGAUCAAGGAGAAUAUCGCCAGCUUCGGCGGAGAGCCGGAGAAUAUUAUGUUAAUGGGUCACUCUGCAGGCGGCGCUUCAGUUCACUACCAACUGUUGUAUGGAGGACUAGAGGGUUUGGUUAAGGUGGCUGUUUCGCUCAGUGGAACUGCAUUGUGUCCUUGGGCUACUCAAUCUGAUGAAAGACAAAAGGCGUUGAAGCUGGGGCAUGCAUUGGAAUGUAACGUGAAUGGGAAUUCAUUGGAACUGAAGCACUGCUUGCAGUCAAAGGACCCCAGGGACAUAGUCGGCGCUGUGGAGCACUUUAUGGUAUUCGGCUACGUACCGUUCGCGCCCUUUGGCCCAGUUAUUGAGGCUCCCGACACUGUAGAGCCUUUCGUCACCCAACAUCCUGUCGAGGUAAUUAAGAGUGGAAAAUAUUCGCAGAUUCCUUGGCUUUCGUCUUAUACUCUCGAGGCAGGAGGAUUUAACGCGGCAAUUUUCCUGAAAAAGGAUGAUGAAGACGGCAGGGAAUUAAUUGAAGUAUUAAAUAUGCGUUGGAAUGAACUGGCACCAGAUCUAUUGUUUUAUCGCCACAUAACGAACAAUACUGAAGAUCUGAAUAGGUAUUCGCAAGAACUGAAGUACCAAUAUUUGGGGGAUCGCAACUUCAGUUUUGACAGUUAUUUGGACUUGCAGCGCAUGUUUACGGAUAUUUUGUUUAGGAACCCUAUUCAGAGAACUCUCGAAUUGACUCGUUCACAACGAAAGAGUCCAUUUUACUGCUACGCUUACGACAAUCCUCCCGAUUCUGGUGUAGGACAGUGGCUGUCUGGACGGACUGAUGUAUUUCUAGGCACUGUACAUUGCGACGAUCUUUUCCUCAUGCUGAACAGCGUUAUACAUGGAACACUGCGUUCGGAUGAGCAAAUUAUAUCUAAAAAUCUCUUACAAAUGCUGUUAGACUUCGUGGAAAGCGACAAAGGCCAGCUCUCCUAUGAUACCUGUCAGUUUAAAGAUAUUGCAGGCCACGACAAGCUGGAACUGGUUUACAUAACACGCGAGGGCUGUGAGAAUAGACAAGUGGAUAAAAUUCCGUGAGUCCCCAGGAGCGAAGCUGAGUUCUAUUUUAUUUAUAAGAUAUUUAAA